CACAAAAGUCUAUAUAACCAAUUUUUUUUGGUUCACCUUUUUUUUUUUUUAAUUUUUUAUAUAUCUUCUGCAACAUGACUUCAAUCGGUACAGGAUACGAUUUAUCUGUUUCCACCUACUCUCCUGAUGGACGCGUCUUUCAAGUAGAAUAUGCAAACAAGGCUGUCGAUAACAGUGGUACCGCUAUCGGUCUUCGUGUUAAAGAUGGUGUUGUAUUAGCUGUUGAAAAGCUUGUUCAAUCCAAACUUUUAGUCGCAGGUGCAAAUCGUCGUAUUCAAAGCGCAGAUCUUCAUGUCGGCAUUGCUACAGCAGGUUUAUUAGCUGAUGGUAGACAUCUUGUCAACAGAGCUCGUGACGAAGCUCAAGCUUGGAGAGAUAUCUAUAGACAACCUAUUCCUGGAAAAACCAUUGCUGAUCGUUUAGGUCAAUAUAUUUCUGCCUAUACCUUAUACUCCAGUGUUCGUCCUUUUGGUACAAGUACUAUUAUCGGUUCCAUGACCGAUAAAGUACCUAGUUUAUAUAUGGUUGAACCUUCUGGUGUCUACUGGGGUUACCGUGGAUGUGCUAUUGGUAAGGGUAAAUCCAUUGCCAAGACAGAAAUCGAAAAGCUUGAUUUAGAGAAUAUGACUGUCCGUGAAGCAGUUAACCAAAUUACCAGAAUUAUCUACUCAUGUCACGAUGAUGCAAAGGAUAAGGACUUUGAAUUGGAAUUGAGUUGGAUCUGCCCAGAAUCACAAUAUAAGCAUCAAUUUGUACCAAAGGAUAUCAAGUUGGAGGCAGAGACAUUAGCAAAGGAAUCUUCAGAUGAUGAGAUGGAAGACUAAACUUUAUUUUUUUUUGUCUGAGGGAUAAUAAACACAUUUAUGCAAUUUUUUAUUUUUCAU